AUGGAGGCUUAUCUUCUGCAGCUGUUCCAAAGGCUGCUGCUGCUAGGGGCAGUCACCCUGACUGUGUCUGCUCUGGAGACAGCUGACCUGGUGGAGCUGUGCGGGCAGACGUGGCACGGGGACGGGCUGCUGCUGCGAUCGCACUCCGCGUCGCGCAGGUUCUACUUGGUGGCUCCGGACAUCGACUGCUGGCUCUGGGUGCGGGCGGCGGCCCCUAGCGAUAGGAUCCGCUUCCAGUUCCGCUUCUUCCUGGUCUACAGCCUGACCCCGGCGUCCCCAGCGCCCCCAGCGCCCAACUCCUCCUCCCCGGCGGACCCGUGCGCCCCAGGCUCCUACCUGCAGUUCUACGAGGGCCCGCUGGGGGCGCCCCGGCCCCUGGGGACCCCUCUCUGUGGCCUGACCAUCCCUACCCCCGUGGCAUCCUCUGGACCCUUCCUAGGACUGCGCCUGGUCACGAGAGGCCGCCAGCCCCGCGUGGACUUCCUGGGCGAAGUCACCUCUUUCCGGUUGGGAUCUUGUGGUGCCUACUUUCGCUGUCAGAAUGGCAGGUGCAUUCCUCCGAGCCUGGUGUGUGAUCACUGGGGCAUGGACAACUGUGGCGAUGGCAGUGACCAGGGCUCCUGGCCACCAGCUGACUGCAGAGGUCCCUCUGUGGUCCCCAGCCAGACAGGGAGUACAGAUGACGAUACCGCCAAGCCCCUGACUCUCUCCCUGGCUCUUGGGUCUGCAAGCCCCCUCUGGAUUGCAGCUGAGAGGAGUCCCCCAGCAGGCCAGGACCCUGCACAAAAGGAUGCAGCUUUGGAAGGCCCCUGGCUAUGGGGGGUGGCGUUGGCCUCCUCGCUGGUCCUGGCCUCCACCGGCCUCCUCAUGGGUCUCCUCUGGUGCUGCUGCUCCUCUGGCCGGCUGGCCUGGCAACCUGGUGCCCACGGCCUCUGCCUCAGCUGCAGGGCAGCCUGCACCAUCUGCUACACAUGUCCAGGCCGGGUUGCCCCCGGGGGGCUGCGGCUGAGCGAGCCAGCCCUCCAGGAUCAGGGAGGCCAUCCCUAG